GGGAAUUGUGGGAGAUUUUCGUGAAAGUGGUUUUUCACAUCUUUUGUGCAAUUUUUUUAGUAAUUUUUUUUUAUGAGUUAAAGAGCCGAAACGAGCCCAAUUUUUGUAGAAUUUUGGGCUAAAUAGUAUUUUCUGUUGUGUCGUCAAUUUUCCAAUCGAAUAGAAAGAAGGAAAUGCCCGAUAUGACCGCUCUCCAUCUUCAAGAUGAGCCAAUGAUGAGCGUUGGUGGUAACAGGAUGAAUGUUAUUCCUUCACCGACAUGGGAUUAUGUUUGCCUAAUUUGCCACACCAACAUCCAAGAAAUUAUUCCAGGAGUCUUCUUAGGCCCCCAUCCGGCAACUCAUCUCCACUACUUAUCUCACUUGAAAGAAAAAGGAAUCAGAUACAUCAUCUGUGUAUGUCCAGAACACGAAUCACCAAACCCACCAGAAAACGAUGGCAGUAUUACAUAUUUGAAUCUAGACAUUGCUGACCAAGAGACUGAAAAUAUUUUAAGAUUUUUUCCACUAGUUAAUAAUUUUAUCGACGAGGCUUUAGCCAAAAAAUCAAAAGUACUUGUACACGGCUUCAGCGGCAACUCCAGAAGCGCUACUUUAGUUCUCGCCUACAUAAUGGAGAAAUACAACAUGGCCAUGAGAGACGCUUUGCAAUUUGUGAAAACUAAACGCAACACAGUUGAACCAAAUGAAGGGUUCAAGGCGCAAUUGUUGGAGUACGAGCCUAUUUACAAAGCCAGGCAAAAUUUGGCUCACGGGGGUUCCAGCAGUUGCAAAAAUAGGCCUAAAAGGAAAAUGGAACAAUUGUCUGAAGACGUUUGUGAUUAUGAUUUGGUGCAAAGACCCCCGACACCUACACCAGGGGCUGAAGGCAAAAGCACCAAUUCCACUCCAAUGGAGUUUUCUGAUCACUUGUACAGGCUACUAAUGAAUAGGUAGUAAUUAUGUAUUAUGUAUUUUGUUCCAAGAGAAUAUUCUUCUGUUUUUGUUGUUUUGUUAUUAUUAUUUUGAUGAUCUCUUUUAUUAUUAGUUUUUAACAUGAAAUGUUUAGCUUUUGUUUAAAUGUACCUAUAGAGUAAUAAUUGUCCAAACGGACCUUAAGUUAAGAAAAUGUAUUUUUAUAUUUCAAUAAAUAUUUUAGAAGGUUUCUUCUUUUCAAACUGUGUCUGUUUUGUGCAUUAGGGGCCUUACUUCAAAAGAUAAAAAGACAAAAUAAUUUGUGGUGAAUGUGAAAGUUGUUUUUUGGGGAGUCCUAUGAAAAAGAUGUAGCUUUACCAAUAAACUUCAAAAGCAUAAUGUCAUCUCCUGGAUGAUAUAACUAUACAAGGAUUAUAAAUAAAACAAUAUUUUAUUUGUUUGGACUAUAAUUAACGUAAGUUGUUUUAAGUCGAAAAAGAUUUUUUAAAUGAAAAACAUUCCAUUCUUAUCCAAUUUUUGCUGGAAUCAUAGCGCAAAUAAUGUCUUUGCCUUCACCGUCUUUCAGUUUCCAUUGGAUAUCAACGGUUACUCUCGGAUAGGAAGGCAAAAUGGGUAUUUGAGCUUUGUAUUUGUAAGUUGAACUGGCUUUGAUAGGACAGGUGAUGCCCGAAUCGGUGCAUCCGUCCGGAUUCGGUAGGUUGAACGGCGCUGGCACUCCUAAGAUGUAACCCUUCACUUCUGCUGUGAUUUUGUCUGCAUCGAUAU